AUCGCUGUUUGUACUAGCUGGAUGUCCAAGCUUAGCUGGUGCUGCUGUGACUGUUUCAAACCCAAACCUCUUCUGGUUCUGUGAGAUGGGGGGCGAGAGGAAGGAGGCUGAAGCCAGCAGAGCCAAGGACAAAGGUCAGAGGAAGGACCGGAGCUCCAGCGGUCCUGUGGGCAGGAGAAAACCCCAGAGGAAUAAAGAAGAAGCUACAGAGAAAAAGGAGCAAAGUGAAAAAGCCCCUAAGAAGGCUCCCCAAAGUGAGUUGAGUGACAGUGAAAUGCGUGACUUUGUCAGGGUUCAGGGUUUGGGGCCGCUGAAAGUGAAGGCCGAGCCAGAGGAUGACGACUUUGUGAUGGAUAAAAGGAAGAAGGUGAGAAAGAGAAAGAGAGAGGAAGAAUCAGCAGAGGGACCCUCCUGUUCCACAUCAAAGCUGAAGAAGCAGAAGAAGGUGAAAGAGGAGGAUGACGAGAUGGAGAGAAACACAGAUCAAAAGGCGGAGAAGAGGAGGAGCAAGGAGAAAAAGCCCAAGGGAGAGAAGCCUGAGUCCUCGAAGGGGUGGAGGACGAAGGAGCAGGCUGAGGCUGCAAGGAUGAUGAAGCUCAAGAUGAAAGAAGAGGAAGAAAAACAACGAUGGAGAUGGUGGGAGGAGGAGAAGUAUGAGGAUGGGAUUAAGUGGAAGACCCUGGAACACAAAGGGCCAUAUUUCCCUCCAGAGUACCAGCCCCUCCCUGACAAUGUCAACUUCUAUUAUAAUGGGAAAGCAGUGAAGCUCAGCCGGGCUGCAGAGGAAGUUGCUCUGUUCUUCGCUCAGAUGCUGGAUCAUGAAUACACCACCAAGGAGGUGUUCCGCAACAACUUCUUCAAGGACUGGAGGAAGGAGAUGACUGUGGAAGAGAGGAUGCUGAUCACAGAUCUGGAUCAGUGUGACUUUGGGGAGCUGUUCCGGAUGCACAAGGAGAAGGUGGAGGCCCGACGAAACAUGAGCAAAGAGGAGAAACAGCUAAUGAAGGAGGCGAAUCAGAAGAUUGUAGAAGAGUAUGGCUACUGCACACUUGACCACCACCAUGAGCGCAUCGGAAACUUCAAGAUUGAACCUCCAGGACUGUUUCGUGGCCGGGGGGACCACCCCAAACAGGGCAUGCUGAAGAAGAGGAUCCAGCCCGAGGAGGUCAUCAUUAACUGCAGCAAAGAUUCCCGCAUUCCAGAGCCCCCUGCUGGCCACAGGUGGAAGGAGGUUCGCCAUGACAAUACAGUGACGUGGCUGGCUAGCUGGACAGAGAAUAUACAGGGCUCCUUCAAAUACGUCAUGCUUAACGCCAACUCCAAACUGAAGGGUGAGAAAGACUGGGAGAAGUAUGAGGUGGCCCGCAGACUGAAGAGCUGUGUGGACCAGAUCCGGGCCCAAUACCAGCAGGACCUAAAGUCCAAGCAGAUGGGCAUCAGGCAGAGAGCUGUCGCUCUCUACUUCAUCGACAAACUGGCCCUCAGGGCAGGGAAUGAGAAGGAGGAGGGCGAGACGGCCGACACCGUGGGCUGCUGCUCUCUGAGGGUGGAGCACAUCACCCUGCACCCACACCUGGAUGGAGACAAUAACGUAGUGGAGUUUGACUUCCUGGGUAAAGACUGUAUCCGCUACUACAACAAAGUCCCUGUCAGCAGGAGGGUCUUCAAAAACUUAAAGCUUUUCAUGGAUAACAAGCAUGAAGGAGAUGACCUGUUCGACCGCCUGAACACAUCCAUGCUGAAUAAAUACCUGACCUCUCUAAUGCCUGGCCUGACUGCCAAGGUGUUUCGAACCUACAACGCCUCCAUUACCCUUCAGGAUCAGCUGAAGAAGCUUUCCAACUCAUCAGACAACCAGGCAGAGAAGCUGCUCUCUUACAACAGGGCCAACCGUGCAGUUGCAGUUCUCUGUAACCACCAGCGGGCGCCGCCAAAGACCUUUGAUCAGUCCAUGGCCAACCUGCAGGCAAAGAUUGACAGCAGGAAGGAGCAGUUGUCCCUGGCCAAAGCUGAGCUCAAGCAGGCCAAAAAGGAGGCCAAGGCAAACAGUGACAGCAAGCUGCAGGCUCUGGUGGAGAAGAAGAAGAAAGCUGUUCAGCGUUGUGAGGAGCAGCUGUUGAGGAUGGAGAUUCAGGCCACAGACAGGGAGGAGAACAAGCAGAUCGCUCUGGGCACCUCCAAGCUCAACUAUCUGGACCCCCGCAUCAGCGUAGCCUGGUGCAGGAAUAUGGAGGUGCCCUUGGAGAAAAUCUACAACAAAACCCAGAGAGACAAGUUUGCCUGGGCCAUCGAUAUGACUGAGCUGGACUUUCAGUUCUGAAGCAGCCUGACUCUGCCUUUCUGCCCUCUUCUCACUGGACUCCUUUUAUAUCGCUGCCCAGUUUUUAAAAAUGCAGUAUUUAAAAAUGAAAUGGAGUGUUUAUUCAGUCGGCAGCAGCAGGUUAAGCAUGAAACUGUGAAGCCAUGUUCACAUUUGUUGUCGUUUUUAUUGUUGUCUGGUAUGUUUUUCAUACUGAAUGAU